AAAGCUUUUCGCUGUUGAUUCUUAUUUUCGAAUGUUUUGUGUUGCUGUCAAUUUCUUGUGUUAGUCUCAUGACGCUAAAGUUAUUAAUAACAUUUUAGGAUAAAAUUUAUCAGAAAUGGCGUACUAUUACAAAAUCAAUGAUGAUGGAGCUGUUGCUACACCUCCUUUGGAAGGAAUUCAAGUUUAUGAAGAAAAUCCAGCAGGUUGCAGUGGUCCAUCUAUUACAUAUGACUUCUCAAAACAUGUUCUGAUUGAAUUGCUUGACAAUGUGACUCCUGAAGCUAAGUUGUGGAAUGAGUUAGGUUUAGCCAAUGACAAAAACAUCAUUCAUAAGCGAAUGAUUGUUGAUCCUCAUCGAGUUAAUUGUCGCCGAGCAAUUGUUGUUUGUUCUACUUCUGAUGAAGCCAAAGAACUAACUCAGAGAUUGUCUCAAGCCAAAAUAAUGAAAAGGCCAAUUUGUGCUGUUGUAAUUGAAGCAUUACUGUCCGAUAUUUGCCUUUUUGAGAAGCAGAUAAUACAGUAUGGUGAUAAGCGGUCUCAACACCAAUUGGUGUAUGUUACUGAGCUUACAAGAUGUCGUGACCCAACUGGUCUUGCUCAAUAUUUAAGGGAGAAAUUUUCUCCCUUUGGCACUAUCCUGUCUGUGUUAGUUUCUGAAGAUAAAGAUGGGUAUGCUUAUCCUGAAGGUGUAAUCAAAUUUGCUCAUUUGUCUGAAGCUUUUGCUGCUGAGCUUGCUUAUGAUCAGUGUGCUGUUGCAUUGGAACGUUUAUCAGUGACAACUCAUCACAAUAUUUUACUUUCUCAAUGUGACUUAAGAGCUCGUUUGAGGGAAGCAUACUCGAAGAAAAAAAGUGAGUUUUCUUUUGAUGUUUCCUCCGAAUCUGUUAUGACCAAGUCAUCUAAAGAAUCAGAUUCAGAUCAUAGUAAAAUUCAGUCUAACAACAAAUUUCAGCAUUCUGUUAAAGAGUCUGAAAAAAACCAAUCAGUUUUAAAUCAUUCAGAUAGUACAAUAAAUGGUAAUAAUGAAUUUACAAGUGACUCAGCUGAAUUAGCAGAUGUUUUAAAAAUGUCAAGUGAGCCAUCAAAUUUAAUUGAUUGUUUGCAAGGUAUUGCGGAAUGCAGUGAAAGUUCUCUUUCAAGGCGAGCUAGUGUUAAUUCUUUAGCAGAGACUGAACCAGGAAGUACAGAUCAAUCUGCUCUGCCUUUAAAUCCAAAUAAUACAUCCACACUACUGAAUAAAACAUGGUCUUCUCGAAUCAUGGGUUGGAUUACCGAUCUUCCAAACACUGAUAAUUCUAAUCCAGUUGGUGCCACUACAAAUGAUGAUGUAAUUGAAAAUGUUACUGUCUCUGAAUCAGUAGUUUUGGCUGAUAAAAGUGAAAAUUUUGGAUCUAAUCAGCAAUCCACAUUAACAUAUCCUGCAGAUGUAGUUUCAAAUACAAGCAGUUUUGUCACUUGCAAUAAUGGUGAUUUAAAUUCUAGCGUUCAUUCCGUUACUACAUCUUGUAGUGAUGUUAGUAAUUCUAAUAAUGUUACUGUACUAGGAGACAAGACACAUUCCCAUGAUUCUGAGUCCAAUGAUAGUGAAGCAACAGAUGAGGAAACUUCCAACAUAAAUGAUUCAUCAGCCAUUAAAUUGAAUGACUAUCCUGGUUUGUCACUGAAAAGGAAGAAUUCAUCGAUGAUGACUGAAAAAUUAUCAUUAAGAAGUAAAAGAAUGAACUGCUCUCAAUCUGAUUCUAUUAAUGAAGCUCUAGAUUGUGAAACAACUGUAUGUUUGUCAUCAGUCCCAAAAACCAAAUCAUGUUCUGUUGUUUUAAGCUCUGUUCCCGAAUUAAAUGAAAUUGCUAAGAAUCUCUCUCUUCAACGAACUCCUAUUGUUGCUUUGGAGAGACUAAAUACUUCUCAAUAUACUGAUGGAAGCUUGAAAAUUAAUCAAACUAAUAUCGUCAAUAUUGAAAAUAAAGCUAAAAGUAAGAAAUAUAUGAAAAAGGGAAUUGGGAGUGGUUCUUUUUCAGUUAAGUCACAGCCUGUUCGUCGUAGUAACAGAUUGACUUCUCGUGAUAGUGAUAAAAGAACUCUCAGUAUCAGCAGUCUAUCUUUAGAAAAUGGUACAAAAUCUUUGACUUCUUCAGCCAACCUUGUAGAUAGGAAAGAAAAAUCAUUAAAUGAAACAGAGAGUCCUCUUAGGUUAUGGCUCAAGAGAGAAUUGGAGUCUUCCAGAAAUAAUAAUGUGACUAGAAAUAAAGAGAGUACAAAAAGAAUUGUGUGUGCAGCUACAAAUAAAGAUGUAUUGAUAUCUGUAGGCUGCAGUCACAUGACUUGUGACUUUUGUUACCCAGAUUCCACAAAAUUAUUGUUAGGAUUUCAUUAAGUUGAGUUGUGUGCUCCAUCUACUAUUUAUAACCUUCAUUUCUUCACAUAUCAUAAUGCAUUUCUGCACUUCACAUACCAUAGCAUACAAUUAAAAUUGUUUCAGGACAUAAACUGUUCUAGUCGGUUUAAGAUAUGUUUGUGUUCUUCCUGCGUAAUUUUACAUAUUGCAUAUAGCAUUAUAAAUGCUAUGAUGCUAAAAUAUAUAUUUAGAUUUAGUUUUCAAUUCAGUUUUUUUAAAAAAAUGAAUAUGCCAUAUAAAAAGCUACAUAUCACUUCUAGUAAUGAGAUUUUAAAAAUGAUUUUAUUGCUUUUUCUACUUUGCAAGUUUGUAGUAGAAUUACUUUCUUAAAUGACAAUGAACUGUUUUUAA